GCCUCGGGAGGUGGAGGCGAGGAGUCGCGGCUUGAUUCGGUCCGGAGGAAGAGAAGUUUGGUCCCUCAGGACCCACCAAGGAGCCUCCAGGGACCACCAAGGAGCCCCCCAGGGACCACCGAGAACCUCCAGGGACCACCAAGAACCACCUGAGGAAUUCGCUGGUGCCUGCCUCGUGAGCGGUGUGUCCCGGCGGGAGGGGGGCGGGGUUGUUGUCGCGUGCUCGUGUCUUCGUAUGUUGCCGACAGUCGCGUGAGGGGCAGAGACGAUGCAGACACGCGCUGCGGAGCGCGCGCGCGGCCAGUGGUCACCGCGACCGACAGCAGCACGUGCCGCCGCUCAUUAGUUGAGCGGAUCCCGAAAAGAAGAAGAAGAAGAAGAAAAAAAAAACAAAAAAAAAAAAAGAAGAGGAGAGGAGGAGGAGGAGGAGGAGGAGGAGGAGAGCAGCUGAAGGUUUCGGCCGCGCCGGCGUGAGUGCAGUCCCCGCGGCGCAGCUGAGUGGCGGCUCCUCCGCGGCUGAAGAUGAGGCUGAAAGGCGUCGUCCUGCUCCUGGCUCUGGGCUCCUUCAGCGCCUACUACGUCUACGAGCCCAUCCCGGACGAGAUCGAGCAGCCAUGGAAACUCAUGCUGACCAGCUCGCUGUUCAGGAGCCUCAGCCACCUGGCAGAUUUCAGCGAACUUCUGGGGCUGAAGGACUACAUGGGAGUGAUGUAUUUCAUAACCCUGGCUGAGUGGGUGGUGCCUGUAUCUGAUGAGCACGUCCAGGUGACGGAGGAGCACUUUGAUGGAGUAGAGGUGGUGCUGUACCAGCCCAAGCAGUUAGGAGGCGACCCUGAGCUGAGGAGUGCUGUCAUAUACUUGCACGGAGGCGGAUGGUGUCUGGGCAGCUCCCGGAUGAGCCCGUAUGAUCUCCUGGCUCGAAGAAUGGUCACUGAUCUGGACGCGGUCGUCCUGUCUGUAGAGUACCGUUUGGCCCCAGCGCACCACUUCCCCGUGCCGUAUGAGGACGUCUAUCGUGUGGUCAAACACUUCCUCCAGAAGGGAGUGUUGGCCCAGUACUCUGUGGACCCGGGACGCAUUGCUGUGUCCGGGGACAGCGCAGGAGGGAACCUGGCAGCUGCAGUGUCCCAGCAGUUACAGCAGGAGCCUGGGCAUCAGGUCCAGCUGAAGGUUCAAGCCCUGCUCUAUCCUGUGAUGCAGGCCUUGGACCUCAACACGCCCUCCUACCAGCAGAAUCGGGACAUGCCCAUUUUGCCACGCACCCUCAUGGUACGUUUCUGGAGUGAGUAUUUCACCAGUGAUAAAGCCCUUUUCUGGGCCAUGAUGGCCAACACCCACAACAGCCCCGAGUCUGCAGGUCUGCUCAAGUUUGUCAACUGGAGCGCAUUCCUGCCCGAGUCUUACCGUGGGAAAUACAACUACAGCGCCCCUGCCGUGGUGCGGCGAGCAGGCGGGGAGGGGGCCACGGUGGACGGACCAUCUCAGUCGAUCGCUGACCCCAGGGCCUCUCCCUUGCUCGUCCCAGACUCCACCUUGCGCUCUCUGCCCAAAGCGUACGUUCUGACAUGCGAGUACGAUGUCCUCCGGGACGAUGGGAUCAUGUAUGUGACGCGUCUCCGCAGCGCCGGCGUGGAAGUGACACACGAACACUACGACGCCGGUUUCCACGGCGCGCUGAUGUUCACGGUGUGGCCCACCGACUUCCUGAUUGCACAGCGUAUGACAGACAACUAUGUCAGGUGGCUGAAGGAGAACUUGUGAAAAGCGGAGAGCAAAAGUUAAUAUCAACCCCCGAUGUUCAUCCCGUUGUUUCCUUACCGGUUGUCCUUAGGUGGUCGGAGGUUUUCUGUCUCCUUUGCUUUUAACUUUUAAUGUUUCAUUUUAAUUUCUGUGGUUAUUCUUCCAUUUCUGUGUAUAUGAAGGGCACAUGAUUACGUUUCCCUGUUCCACUCAUAUUUUGCAUUACAUCAUAUUAGUGGUAUUACAUACCAUGGCAAAUGGAUUUGUCCGGGUUGGGAAUCCAUUAAGUAUUUGAAUAAAACAGGAAAUGCCUUCUGACAUUCUUACAGCAGCAAAUGAUGAUAUUCAAUUAGGCUGAAAUUGACAAUUAUUGCUUGCAGCGACAUUUCUGAAACCUACAUAAUAGGUUGGAAAUAUGUUUUAUGCCGUUGUUUGCGAGGCAAAAGCUCAUCGGCUGUAAGCUUAAACGCGGCUUUUUUUCAGUUUUUGCCUGUGAAGUUAGCAUCGCUUGCUACGCAACCAAAGCAGAAGUCUUGAGAUCAGAUGAUUUGAAUCAUAGAUGACUCAGAAUUAGUUUAGUGUUUUUUUUUUAUGACCACAACUGGUUUUUGCAUCUUUUGUUUUCUGAAUACCAACAAAUAUGUGACAAAGUACACGUCAGACUUUGUGCUGGAAUUUCCUGAAGUCGCCCGGAGUUAGAAACUCUCAUUAUGAGGUAGAAUGCUUCUGUACAUUGCAGGAGUAUGGAAUAUUUGGGAUUCCCAGGCUAUGGAUUUACUGUUAAUCAUCGGUCCUCUACUUCACAAAGCAUGGGUAUGUGGUAGAGGUCAGCUUGCAUUGAUCUUCCAGCUCCAAGGCCCAAGCAUCAUGUGAGGUGGACUGAACCGAUUCACGUGUCUCCAUCUUUGGCUCUCUCUGUGACGUGGAACAGCCCGUCUCUCUGUCUCUCUCCCUUGUUGCCCUCUGUGGAUGACUGCAUCCUGUGACUUCUCUGCACACGGGGCUGCCAUCAAGCUGAGAAUAUGG